UAUUACCUAUUGUUAACAAAAAUUAAAAACAUGAAGACAAUUCGUAAUAUAAUGAUUUUWAAAAACUUCUUUAGGAGAAUGCAUUCAACAAAGCAAGUGAAAUGGGAUAUCAUGGCCGGUUUAUGUCUACAACGUAAACCGAUUAUAACUAAAUCAUUAACUGACACAGAGGUAAAAUUUCAAAAUAUGUUACAAGAAAUUGAAUUUGAAAAUAGUUUGAAGUCAGAUCAUGAGCUUAGACAUGAAAAAGAUGUUAAGAGAAUGGAAAAAUUGAAAAACGGUAAGGUUAUUGAUUUCGAUGAAAUGGAUCAGACAUCAAAUCAAUCGGCACAAGACUAUGUAGAUAAGAACAAAGAAGAACUUUUAAAUUUUAAAUUUGCUAGUCGUUCAACUGAGGCAGACACAAUAAAUGAUACUAAAUCAUUAAAAAGGAAAUUGGAUGACAAUUUGGUCUUGAUUGUUAAACAAAAAUUUGGACAUGAAGACUUUUGGGUCUUACCACAAGGGUUAUGGAAUGAUGGAGAAACAUUAAGAGAAACAUCAGAAAGAAUAUUAAGAGAAUCGUGCGGAAAUAACAUUAAUGUUAGAUUUUAUGGCAAUGCUCCAUGUGGAUUUUAUAAGUAUAAGUAUCCGAAACAAAUACGAGAACAAUCUAAUGUAGAAGGGGCAAAAAUAUUUUUUUUUAAAGCAAAACUGUUGGAUGGAAAUGUAGAAGAAAAAGACAUAUGGACAGAUUAUGAAUGGUUAGCUGUUCAGGAACUCAAUAAGAGGCUUAUUCAACCAUACAUGAAAAAUGUUAAAUUAUUUUUGUCAAAUUAUAAUGUAAAUACAUAAAUAAUAGAUGACUUGUUCACUUGUACCUUUGUUAGCUUUAUUGAUUAU